CCCGCAGAUGGGGUUCCCCGCCAGCCCCAGGGGCCUCCUGAGUUAUUUCCUGACUCUCCACGUGCUCCGCCUGGGAUCAGCUGAGUUCAGAGUGGUGGGACCAGACCGACCUCUCCUUGCCACCGUGGGGCAGGACGUCGUGCUGCCGUGUCACUUGUCCCCACGCACGGAUGCUCGGAGCUUGGAGAUCAGGUGGAUCCGGCACCAGUUCUCGGAAACGGUGCAUCUCUACCGAAAUGGGGAGGACCUGGUCGGGGCACAGAUACAGGAAUACAUUGGAAGGACAGAGUUGGUCAGAGAUGGUCUCUCCGGUGGGUCCCUGGACUUGCGACUCACUGGGGUGAGACCCUCUGAUGAUGGCCAAUACGUCUGCACCGUGCAAAAUGCUACCACUUAUGAAGAAGCCAUGGUGGAGCUGGAGGUGGCAGCCAUGGGCUCCGUCCCUCUCCUCUCUCUGGAGGCUCACCAGGACGGAGGCAUCCGGGUGGUGUGUGGAUCGGCCGGCUGGUACCCACAACCGCAGGUGCUGUGGAAGGCUGCCAGCGGGCAGCGUCUGCCCUCGGUCUCCCGGAGACGUUCCUCUGACGAGAGGGGCCUAUUUGAGAUCCAAGAUGUCGUCGUGGUGAGCGGGAAGGGCGAUGGGAACUUGUCGUGCGUGGUGAGGAACAGCCGCCUGGAGCAGGAGCAGGCGUCGUCCCUGUACAUCUCAGCUCCCUUUUUCCACAACGCCCGUCACUGGAUGGCAGCUCUGGGUAUCUUCCUCGUUCUUUCAGUGGUGUCAUUUGGCGUCAUCGCUUAUCUCUGGCGAAGGAAAGUGGGGCUGUCCAGAACGCUGGGUGAGUCCUUCUGGCCCCUGCCACCAGCGAAGCCUCCUGAGAAAGGAGCCCCCUGGGAGGGUCGUGGCUCUGGGCGGCUCUUGAUCACCCUGUGGUCGUUGAGGAACAAGCUGCACUGUUGGGGGAACGAGACACAGCACUGGAGGAACAAGCUGCACUGUUGGAGGAACAAGCUGCACUGUUGGAGGAACAAGCUGCACUGUUGGAGGAACAAGCUGCACUGUUGGAGGAACAAGCUGCACUGUUGGAGGAACAAGCUGCACUGUUGGUGUGGAGGAUAUUUCUGCUUCCUCAGAAUCCAGACCCUGAUGCUGCGGCUCCUCCUGUCCCCUGCAGACGUGGUGACCCUGGAUCCAAACACGGCUCAUUGCAAACUUGUCCUGUCAGAGGAUUUGAGAUGUGUGAGACGCAAAAGUAAAAGGAAGGACACCCAGAAGGUGCCCAACAACCAGAAAUUGCCCGACACCCCCGAGAGAUUUCUGAGUGGCUGCUGCGUGCUGGGCCGGGAGGGGUUCCGGGAGGGGAGACACUGCUGGGAGGUGGAGGUGGAGGGGGAGGUGGGAGGUGACUCGCGGUGGGGUGUUGGGGUGGCCAGGGAGUCUGUGCAGAGGAAGACGUUCUCGAACUGGAGCCCUGAAGGAGGGAUCUGGGCAGUGUGGCACCGCUAUGGGCACUUCGUGUCUCUCACCUCUCCCCGCACCCUCCUCCCCCAGUCCCCGCUCCCCAGCAGGAUCUGGGUCUGUCUGGACUGCGCCCGGGGGCUGGUGACUUUCCUCGAUGCCGACACCGGGGUCGAGAUCUUCACGUUCCCACCAGCCUCGUUCAAAGGGGAGACCCUGCGCCCCUGGUUUUGGAACCCCUUGGAACUCCUUGGAACCCCUUGGAUCCCCUUCGAACCAGCUGCACCCCCUUGGAUCCCCUUCAAAUACCUUGGAACCCCUUGGACCCCCUUGAACCACUUGAAACCCUUUGAAACCCCUUGGAAUCCCUUGGGACUCCUUGGAUCCCCCUGA